AUGGCCCAGGUUGGGAGAGGCAUGAAGGGCAAGAAGAUCACCUUCAAUGUGGCCAAGAAUUGUAUUAGAAUUACUUUUGAUGGGAAAAGACGCCUCGAUCUGAGCAAGAUGGGACUUACCUCCUUCCCCAAGUGCAUUCUGCGACUCAAUGAUGUGGACGAGCUUGAUCUUAGCCGGAACAUGAUAAGGAAGAUCCCUGAAUCUAUUUCCAAGUUCCAGAACCUGCGUUGGCUGGACCUGCACAGCAACUACAUAGAUAAGCUCCCUGAGUCCAUUGGCCAGAUGACCACCUUGCUCUACCUCAACAUCAGCAACAACAAGCUGACCACCAACGGACUGCCUGUGGAGCUGAAUCAACUCAAGAACAUCCGUACUGUCAAUCUGGGUUUGAACCACCUGGACAGUGUGCCCACCACACUGGGUGCUCUGAAGGAGCUCCAUGAAGUGGGGCUCAAUGACAACCUGCUAAAAACCAUUCCAGCAAACAUCUCCAAGCUCCCCAAGCUGAAAAAGCUUAACACGAAGAGAAACCCUUUUCCAGACACUGAGCAGUCAACCUCAUUCAUAGAUUCCAUUAAAAGGAUGGAGAACCUGUAUCUGGUGGAUGCAAAAGAUCUGUGUGGGCCCUGCCUGCGGAAAUGCCAAYUGGCCCGGGAAAAUCUGAACAAAAUGAAGAGCAUGGUUUUGCCAGGACCCAGAAAAGCCAUCUUCCCAAAUUUGGUCUCACCCAACUCCAUGGCUAAGGAUUCCAAUGAAGACUGGAGGUGA